AUGCCGGUGUUUGAGCAUCACUACAUCCAUGUCUUGCGCGACAAGUCGAGCGAGGAGGAAGUGCACAAGCUGUAUGCACUCCUGGACCAGAAUGGAGCGGUUUCGGUGGACGAGAUCGAAACGAGCGAGAUUGUCUUGACCAAGUUGAGGAGUCAGCCCCGACUCGAGCGUUCACUCGGCUCAGCAGCUCGGGAUCAGCUCAUUCUCCGAGAAGCAUGGGCGCACGACUCUAUCUCAGCGGGACAUGAGUUGCCGGUCGAUGCGUAUGUCCUACUCAGGCCGGCCGCCUAUGGUGCGCAGAGACCGGCUCAGGUCACUCGAGACAGCGGCAUGAGCGAUGCAGAAGACCGGUCCCAUGCCUUCCCCGACAUCAUCAAGACCGGCAGGAUUCCGUCUGAUCUCUGGACGAACGCUCGCUACUCUUGUAUGCGAUUAUCGCCCCGAAUAUGCAUCAAUGAAGGUUUUGUGCGCCGCUUAGCAGUCAUCAAGGAAGAGCGAAGGCUCACUGGCAAUGCGAGAAGUGCGCUGAGCUACGCUGUUGCCAUCGCUGCUCUCAAAGCUUAUCCUCACAUGCUACAAAGCGGUCAAGAGGCAGAUACCAUCGUAGGCACUGGCCCAAAGAUCGGCGCACUCAUUGACGAAUAUUUGCGCACUGGCACACUCGCAGAGGCUGAUAGACUAGAGAGGCAGUCUCGCUUCCUCGCACUGAGGCUCUUCACAUCGUCUGUGCAUGGCAUCGGUCCUACAACAGCGCGCACGCUCGUCGAUCGAUUCCAUUGUCUGACAUGGGACGAUGUCGAGCGAACGAUGCGAGAGGAUCCAGAGGCACCCCAGAUUAGCCUCGAUUAUCGAGAUGAGAUUGCCCAGAAGAUCCCGCGCUCAGAGGUAGAGAAAAUCCAUGACUUGGUCAAGCUGCAGCUCGACAAGCUCCAACCUGGCUGCUUGACGAUGCUCACAGGCGGCUACAGACGGGGCAAACCAUUUUCGAACGACAUUGACAUCUUGAUCACGCAUCCGCACGACACUGUACAUGGCUUAUUGUCGAAGCUCGUCAAUCGACUUCAGCACAAAUCACUCAUCAAGGAGAUCCUGUAUUAUACCAAUCAAAACACUAAUCGCUCAUUUGAUUUUGAGAGCAAAGCGAGGAGCUCAACUUCAAGCUCGUUCGAUCAGUUUGACAAGUGCUUUUGCAUUUUUCUGCCGCCGCAAGCGAGUGGCCAAGCCGCUCUUCAUCGGCGAUUAGACUUGAUUGUCUCGCCUUGGGAGAAUUACUGGACAGGCGUCGUCGGCUGGACUGGCUCCACGCAGUUCGAGCGUGAUCUUAGGCGGCGCGCCAAAGAUCUGGGCUAUAAAUUUGAUAGCAGUGGGCUGACGACACGUGCCGACGAACGUCUGAUACAGCUCGACAGCGAAGAAGCCGUCUUUGCUGCUCUCGAGCUCGACUAUGUCCCGCCAGAGUUGCGCAAUGCAGACGCGGCUUCGUAA